GAAGGCUGUCAGCAUCCUACCACACCCCACCCAGCUCAUGCACGAUGAGAUUGCAGAGCCAGACCCGAACCCGUCCGACUGCGCGCGCGUGAAGACACCAGCCAACGCUCUGCCCUACGAUGUCAUCGCCGAGAUCGCACACUGGGCCGACGUGUGCGUCCUGCCCAGCUUCUUCGCGGCAUGCAGGGCUUUCAGGACGGUCGGUGCGGAGCGCCUCCCAUGGCUGCGUGCCCUAGCGCAGGUCGAGUCCCAAUGGGGGCUGAACCACCCACUCGCCGUCGCCCCCCAGACGGACUGGGCGGGCACAUGGAGCGCGCCUCAACUGCGGCGUCUCUUCCUCCAGUCUAUGCGCGUGCUGCGGGCCUGGCGGGAGCCGCCCCCGCGGCAGCAACCGCGGGCGUUCAGUCUGUUCGUGGACUACAAGCAGGUGCCGCACCCGGACCCGGUCAAGCUAUGCAGCAUCCCAGGCGCGUAUUUCGUCGUGACGUCUGCGAGAGGCCAUCUGCGGUGUUGGCGGACGGGGCACGGCCUGCCGACGCUCGCUGCGUCGCUCGAGGUCCCCCAUCUGAUCAUGCAUAGCCAGGUGGCCUGUGUCCGAGAGGAGGGGCGGGCGCUGAUUGUCGGGAGCAUCGGACCUUUCUUCAACCAGCUCGUCGCUAUAUGCAUCAGCUACGGCGAGCCCGACGGACCGGUGGACAUCUCGCACACGGUGUCCCCGCCCAUGGCCAGCCGGUAUCAGCACAAUCUGUUCUUUUUCGCUGAUCCACGCGUGCUGGGGUUCAGGACACAGAAACUUAGCGCGGUGUGGACUAUGUCAGAGUCGGCUCCGGUCCACAUUGUUCGGCAAACACCGCGACCGUCGGGUUCGUCUUUCGUCUCCAGUUGUGUGAUCACCGAUCAGCACCUGUACCACUUCUCCGCCGGCGAUCUGAGCCGCGACUCCGCCGUCCAGACGUUCUGCUUACCCGAGGACUUCUCCGCCGAAUCGGCCCUGGCGGCGAGCCUAGAGACGCCGCAGUGUGCGACGUACGACAUCCCGUACCCGUUCGCACCGAGUCAAUCGGCGCUCUACGCAACCGGCGAGCUGCGCAACACGACGUGGUUCGCGUUCCAGGCUUUCGUCCCGACCCACGGCGUGUUUGCCGUGUCGGACCGCGCGUUUCAGGUGAGCGGCCGGAACGAGGAUGGGAGCCAGACGCAUUUCCUGCAUAUUUGGGUCACUCGCCCGGAUCCGAGCCCGCAAUCCGCUGAACCGUUCGCACUUGACCCGGCGGUGUACUGGUACGAGCACCCCGACCCUGUGCUGAACGUCGCAGUCGGGCAGAGCGGGACGUACGUCCUGCUGCUCUGCGUCCCCGCGGAUCUCGAUGUGGCGGCCGCGCGGCAUCCUGAGGCCCAUUCGUACGCCGGCAUCUGCCGGUUCGACUGUGCGAAACGCGUUUGGACGUUUGAGAAGCUGAAUCUGGGCCGGUGGCGGCUGAAGAACUAUGUAUCGAUUGUGCUCGACGAUGCGUUGGGGCUGAUCUUUGCUGUGGACAAGUUUGGCUGGAUGGACGUGAUACAGUACGUGUGAUCGACUGUUUCGUGCUCCUGAUAGGUAGAACGGUGCGUUUUACCACGCGGUUGAGCAAUUCCCGUACGAUUGUUGAGUUUUGUGCCUUGGAUCUCCCGCGUGAGAGACAUGCGGACCGGACGGUUUCAACUGAAUUGACCUUGAAAACCGGCUUUUCAUCGGUUUCCUGUGCGACGUCCGUUACGGUCAAGGCAAUCUAACACGAGAUGUACCUAACUCAUCGCGAUCAACCGCACUCCAGGGAGCGGCGUUCGUUGAUGAACUUCGCUUCGCGGCUGUAUCCAUCCAUCUAAUCAUUGAGUGUCUGGCAUGAGUUUUGAAUCGACAUUUUACCACUCCAUGCAUCAGCCCCUGGCUUUCCUUCAGCUGAGUGGAUCCGUG